AUGUCUUCCAAGGUCAAGUGCGAGACAUGUCCUCGCCUGUUCCGUGCCCAACCUGAUGCAGAUCAACACAUGGAUGCGCUUGGUCACUGGAAUAUUCAAUACAAAUGCGAGACUUGCCAUCAGAAAUUCUUCUCGCCGGAGUCAGCAAGCCUACACAUGAACGCACUCGGUCACUGGGGUCCUCGAGUUCAGUGCGAACUUUGCCCGAUGAAGUUCUUCAACAAAGAGGCAGCAAAUAACCAUAUGAACUCUCUUAAUCACUGGCGGCCCCGAGUCAAAUGUGAGAUGUGCGAUCUAGAGUUUCUCAGGCCAAAAUUGGCAGCGGAGCACAUGAGCAAGGCUGGUCACUGGCGCCCACGGUACGCAUGUCAGACGUGCGAUCGAGUGUUCUUCGCGAAAAAGGAUGUAGAUGAACACAUGACCGCACUCCAACACUGGACUCCAAGGUACAAAUGCGAUACCUGCGAACGGAAGUUCCACUCCCAGAUUUCGGUCGAAGCUCAUAUGGAUGAUGCCAGCCACCGCAAGGAUAAGAUCAAAUGCGAGACGUGUGAACUUGGAUUUUAUAGCCAGAAAUAUGCUGACGCACAUAUGCAUUCUGCCAAUCACCGGAAACCGAGAAUUAAGUGCGAGACCUGCGAGAAAAUGUUCCAUACCCAAGAAUCUGCCGCACAACAUAUGAACUCUCUUAAUCACUGGGAACCUCGAUUCAAAUGCGAGAGUUGCAACCAAACGUUCCGCACUCGGGAACUCGCGGGACAACAUAUGGACAGUGCAAACCACCGGAUACCCAAAGUCAAAUGCGAGACCUGCGAUGAGAAAUUUCAUACUCAGAAAUCCGCCGAAGAACACAUGGACCACGCAACUCACUGGAUGCCCAGAUUCAAGUGCGAGACGUGCGAUCAAAAAUUCGCUACCCAGGAGUCUGCUGAAGAACAUAUGGAUGACACCGCUCACCGAGUCCCUAAAAUCAAGUGCGAAGGUUGCAACUUGAAGCUCUACACCCAGGACUCUGCAAACCAUCACAUGUCGCUCUUCAACCAUUACGGCAAGCACCACUGCUCUGACUGCAACAGGUAUUUCCCUACCAAGAACGGAUUUAACAUGCACUUCGGCCCAAGCAUCCACAUCGGAGAUCCCAUAAUCUGUCCCUUCUGCAAAGGCUCCCACCCCUCACUCUGUCUCCUCUCGCAGCACCUAGAAACCGAAUCAUGCUGGCUAUCAACCCACCACACAACCUCCCAGCCCACCACCCAGCCCGACCAAGUUCCAACCCCACCCCUCUCUCCCACGCAGUCCGACACCCAAUCCGUCACAACAGACGCAACCCCGAACGAAUCCACCCUCUACUCCUGCCCCAACAAAGCCACCUGCACCCUCUCCUUCCCCACCUUCGCCUCUCUCCUCACCCACCUCGAAACAGACAACUGCGGCAUCGUCAACCUCUCCAAGCCCCCGCAGAACGCACACGCUGGGCGGGAGGAGGCAGUGAACGUCGUGUAG